CACACACACACGUGUUUACGGAGGUACUGUAUAUAAAGGUGCAGCAGAGACAACGGUUCAUUCCAGCAGUAUCACUUGUAGACAGCAAGAAGUUAAACUACGCCCUGAGGAUGACUUCUGAAGCCAAUAUGACCAUGGAGGAAGUCGAUGAGAAACCCCAGCCGCCCCGACACAAGCCUCUGGGCAUCGUGCUGAUCGCUUUCGCCUGGAUAACCUACGUCAUUAGGGUCACUUUUGGCUAUUUUAGACAAUUUGACGUCAUUAAGGGUCUGUUCUCUACCACCGCCAGCAACACCUCCCGCCUGUUUCCAAACGAGAUCACGCCGAUGUCGUGGGUCUUCAACAUCUGGUUGGCCAUUUACGCCUGGGGCGUCCUCUGGCUCUUAUACGUCACAGUCUGCAUCUGUCGUAAGAACUCUCGCGGCUACUUCUACGUCACUCCCGAGCUCUUCCCAACCUCCUUCUACGUCAUCUGGUACUUCAACAACCUCUUCGUCCUCGCCUGGGAAUUCCUCAAUGACUCAUUCCAACGUGUGGGUGCUACCAUGCUCCUCGCUCUCAUCGCUUUCACCACCUUUUACAUGAUGUACAUCUCCUACCGUCGGGUGGACCGGAACGGGCACUGGCUGACCAAAAACGCCGCCGUUGACCUGUGGCUCAUUCGACUUCUCGUUCACAACGGCCUGGCCAUCUAUGGUACUUGGGUCACCCUUGCUUGUCUUCUAGGUUUCGGCACUGUCCUCACCUAUGAGAGUGGCUACGACAACGAGGAUGUGUCCACGGGCAUACUGGGCUUACUGUUGGCAAUCAUCCUCGUGUGGUUUGUCCUGGAGAAUUACGUCUUUGAGCGGUACUGCCGCUACACCCUGGUGCCGUACGUGGUGGUGGUGGUCGCGCUGUCCGGAACCGUCGACAAGUUCUUCAAGUUCUACGGUGGUUUCGAGAAGAGGAACGCCGUCGUCGCAUGCGCGUUGCUAGCUGUGUCCUGCUUGGUGUUGGUGGUUCGUUUCUCAUUGGUCAUCUGGCGUCACGUGACGCAGCCGCUGUACGUCAGCACCGUCAAGACGACGUCGGUGAAAAUGUCGGAACUGAACGGAGGGUACAUAACAGAGCCUUAAACCGUGUGGUCACCUCGCUUACAAAUGGUUCACGCCACCAAAAAUGCUUAGGAUAUGUAACAUUGUAGUGUUCUUUUUUCAAUAAUGAAUCUUUAAGUUCUUUUGCCAUUCCCGUCUUACGUCAACCAUACCACGAUAAAGUCGUGGAUAUUGGUACAUGCUGAAAGGCAUGCAAAGCUAGACAUCGUGUGACCAAUGAUGACUAGACAAUCUCACAUGUGCCUUACGUUAUAUUUUUCACAGCAUGGAUAAUGGUAUACUUACAUUUGUAGAAGAUACACAUUUUCAUAUAGAAGAUGAUAUAUAUGUAGCUUUGUACGUGCGUAGAUAGAUAUUUAGGCAGGUAAGUGUAGGCAUAAGUAUAACUAUAACGAUGUCCUAUUCUUCAGGACGAGUAAC